AUGGCGAACAAGCUUCUAAGCGAGAUGGGACUUCCCAAAUCUAUCGCCAACAUCUUCGCUGCUCAAGUAACAUCUGCAGUGGCACACAUCAGUGAGAUUGUUUGUCCAUCAUAUCAAACUGCUUUAUCUCUUCUGGAGCAUCGAUUGCAGAAUGAGCACUUGGCUGGCCAUCUUCCCACACGUCUAAAAGGAUUAGAUGCCGCCUUAUGUGGUGGAAUACCCUAUGGCGUCUUAACAGAGUUAGUUGGUCCAGCUGGAAUAGGGAAAACGCAGUUCUGCCUGAAGCUCGCACUACUGGCUUCACUACCAGCAUGUUAUGGAGGAUUAGAUGGCCGGGUAAUAUAUAUUGAUGUAGAAUCCAAGUUUAGUUCAAGAAGGAUGAUAGAAAUUGGCUUAAAAAGUUUCCCAUACAUAUUUCACUUGAAAGGAUUGGCACAAGAGAUGGCUGGGAGGAUCCUUGUUUUGCAGCCAGCAUCACUGUCCGAUUUUACUGAAAGUUUGCAAGAACUGAAGCUUUCAGUUCUCCAAAACCAAGUGAAGCUGCUAGUGAUUGAUAGCAUGGCGGCUCUUGCUUCAGGGGAAUAUGAGCAGGGGUUUCGUCGACAGCAUUCAUUAUGUUGGCACAUUUCUUUUGUCAAGUCACUUGCUGAAUUUUCACGAAUUCCUGUUGUGGUAACAAACCAAGUGAGAUCUCAGAGCCAUGAUGAUACCUGUCAGUAUGAUUUCCAAGCACAGAGCAGAGAUGAGAUGGUAGAUGACCCCAUGAAAUACGAUUCUCAUCUUAUUGCUGCAUUGGGAAUUCACUGGGCUCAUGCUGUAACAAUUCGUUUAAUACUUGAAGCUAAAUCAGGUCAGAGGUUUUUGAAGGUAGCAAAAUCUCCAAUGUCACCCCCUGUGGCCUUUCCUUUCUGCAUAACGUCAUCUGGGAUUUCAUUUCUGACUGAUGAUGGGAUAGAACUAGAAGGGUCAGAGAUAAACAAAAUUCGUGGUCAAGGUCACAGUGACAUUAUAAAUUUUUACGCGGAGAGCUUCUAUGGAUCAGGAUCGAAGUUACUAGAUUAAUCUGCAGAUAUUUCUAUGCUAUGAAAUUGGUCACUCCUUUUGGACCCUCUCUCAAUACAUGGCUGCUACAGGAUGUAUGGGGAUUUGUAUUAUUUCCUUUUAUCUCUGUCUUAAGCAUCCUUUUGUAUGUUACCAAACUUGGAUAGGAACAUUUAUAUGGCCUGAACCAGAGCUUGUAAUGUUUUUCUUGUAUCUUUCACUGGGGGAAGGGAAGUUUUCUCUAUCUUUUCCUACAAUACAGAUACUAGUUACAGUUUGUACACAUUUCUAGUCCGAAA